AUGACGUCCAAGACGCAGAUGGAGAAAGCGCUUUGCAAGGCUGCAGAAGACGGCAAGUUGGCUACUGUCCAAUUCUAUCUCGACAACGGCGUCGACAUCAACUGCACAAACGACUACGGUGGUUAUACACCAUUGCACUUCGCUGCUGUCUAUGGUCGCUUGGAGAUCGUCCGCCUUCUGGUUGAGAAGGGCGCUGUCAUCGAGGCCAAAAACAACAUGUAUGGUUGGACAGCAUUGCACUCUGCUGCUUUUGGAGGUCAUUUGGAGAUCGUCUGCCUUCUGAUUGAGAAGGGCGCGGCCGUCGACGCCAAAGAGGACGAUGGUCAAACACCAUUGCACUACGCUGCUCUGUUUGGUCAUUUGGAGAUCGUCCGCUUUUUGCUUCAGAAGGGCGCGGCCAUCGACGUCAAAGACUACAAAGGCAAGACGCCGCUCAUGGUCGCAGAAGAAUAUGGUCAUGACAACGUCAUCGCGAUGUUGCAAGAGGCUGAAAGCAAGACGCAGACCUUGCAAGAUGACGUCGUCGAGUGUGCCCCCAUGCCGGCUGCGAACGCCAGCGGUGCCUCAUGGCAUCCGCUAGAGACUCCAACGCCCGACCAAUGGCGCCGCGAGCUUGUCGAGGCUGUGACCCAGCGCGAGUACGGACGGGUGCGGACGUUGUUGACCGACGGCGGCGACCCCAACGCCACAACCGAGGCAGGCGACUCGCUCCUGCAUCUCGCCGUACAAAGCAACGACCACAAAGUCUUGGAUGUCCUCUUGCGCGCGCCAGCUAUCAAGCUGGAUGUCCGCAACGCGGCGGGCGUCACGCCGGUGAUUCUGGCCAUUCAAAAAGGCCAGCGACGCCUCGCCACAAUGUUGCACCUAGCAGCGCACACAGUCCCUCCUGACGUGGCGGCCACAGACAUCGAGAUGGACACUGCGAGUCCGUUGGGUGCUGGCGGAUACGGCGCUGUGUUUAAAGGUAUGUACGACGGCCAAGUCGUCGCCAUCAAGACGGCUGCCAACAACGCCUGCAUUGGUGCCAUGGUCUACGAGAUGGAGACCAUGCAGCUGUGCAAAUCGCCGUACGUGCUGCAGCUGCUCGCGGUCUCGGGCGCCAGCACAUCGAGUCCCAAGCUUGUGCUCGAGUACAUGGACGGCGGCGACCUGCGCAGCUACCUCGACGCGAAGCGACUUGGUGAGCCCACCAAGGUCGACGUCUCGUCCCUUGAAGUGGCGUGGGUGCUGGCGAAUGCCCUCGCCGAUAUGCACCACAGCGGUCUCCUCCAUCGCGACCUCAAGAGCCAGAACGUCCUCCUUUCCUCAACCAACUACAUCAAGCUCGCCGACCUCGGUAUUGCGCGCGAGUAUGAGUCCAACAUGUCUAUGGAGAAAGGCACGUGGUGCUGGAUGGCGCCCGAAGUCUUCACGUCGGACAGCAAGUACAGCUUUGCCGCCGACAUUUACUCGUUUGGCGUCAUUUUGACCGAGCUCGACACGCUUCAACUGCCUUUUCACGAAGUCAAGGAUCUCAACCGCUGGGGUAUCAUGGACCGAGUGCGUCUCGGCAACCUCCGUCCGACAGUAAGCGCGACUUGUCCGCCUUGGCUGCGUCAUCUCGCCGACGCCUGUCUGUCGUUGGAUCCGACGCAGCGUCCAUCGGCACAGAUGAUUGUCGGAUCGCUCCAGAAACUGCUUGGUCGCAGCAAAGAAGAGCUGGCGAGCGAGCCCGAAACCGAGCCCUCCAACCAAGGGAUCCGUCUGACGCACUCGACGCCCGAAAGCCUCGACGACGCCAACAAGCUGCUGAGUCGCACCAGCUCGACGCUCAGCGGCGCCUCGGCGACGACCACAUUAUUGUCCGUCGCUUCUGGGACGUCCACCGGAUCCACGACAUACUCGUCGUGGUCCAACUCGAGGCUCGUAAACACCCGCGUCGCGUGCCAGCUCUGCCGCGCCUCCAACUCUCUGCUCGAGUUGCACUGCCAGGCCUGUAAGGGGCCAUUAGCUUCCGUUGCGUCCAAGCUCAAGGUCCUGUUGAAGCGUCUCUCAGUUGCCAAGAAGAACGGAUUCGAGAUCGACGACGGUCUGUGCGACGAAGAGCUUCCCGACGAUCAAGAGAAGCUGCGCAUCCUACUGCUGCGCAUCGAGCAAGCGUCCCCGGCCCAAUGGGAGAAGAAUAUCAAGUGGUCGACGUUGGGCAUCUGCCUCUGGGGCUACUUGCUCUGGACGUCGAACAAGGCCAAGCGCCACGUGUAUCGAUCGCCCUUUGGCAUACGCAGCGUCGGCCUUGCGAUUGGGAGCUUUGUGAUGCUUGCCAUCUCGGUCCUCGGUGGAUUCCAAGGCAAUGACGGCGUCGCGGCGCCCACAAGCCUCGCCGAUGUUGUAGCCGCCUCUGCCUACUACUACUACUACUACUAUGCGUGCAAGGACCGACAGACCGUCUCCAAGGACGAGUAUGCUUCGAUCUUUCGGUUGACAAUCAUCAAAUUCAACAACAUGAAGCGACGCAUGGUACAUCAGAACCGGCGCACAUCGACGCAAUGGACCAAGGUCGUCUCGCUACUGCAGUCGGCGUCGUCGCUCAGCUCGAGCCACCGCGUGAGCUACGUCAACGUCGGUGUGAACCACGGCUCCCAGCGGAGGUGGAGUCACCUCCGUCGGUUGUCGAUAGUACUGAAGUGA